AGACCUCCUUCAGCUCUUUUACCGAGCAGCAGCAUCAAGUUAACCGACAUUUUGACUGUAUGACGCCACCAGGAAAUAGCUCACAACCGCUGCAACCAUUGGCCACUUGUCUGUCUUUCAAACGGGUACACCGGCAAAUUGAGGCAAUUUAAUUGGAUCCAUCUGCUGUCGGUCACCCUGCAAGCAUCAAAAGGGGCGGGAAGUUUGGUAUUGGAGAUUUCUCGGCGGAUCCAGUAGCAGAUUAAUAAACACAAUUGAUCAUUGAGUUCAGCGACCUACACGAAUUCAUUUUACUCAGAGUUAACGUAUUGUGAAGAAGGGAAAUGCUCGAUAUAUGGCUGAGGGAAAACUGUACAAGUUAUGUAGGUUGAUGAUCGUCUGAACAUGAUCCAUCAAUCAGCAUUUGAGUAGCUAACGUUACCUACGUAGAACGUUGCUUUGCAUCACAAUGUAGGUUCACAUACUGGUGGCCUGGAACGUUGCAGGCGUUUCUGAAGACAUCUCGAGCCAGCUAAACGAAAGGACACCAGGAUGAGCAAACAAGAGAAGAUGGAAUUGGACCUCGUAAUCCCAUCAACACUAGUUCAGAGCGACGGACACCUGAGACGAUCCAACAGCGCCCCAAUGAUUAAUGGACUAAGUGACAAUUCCCAGGUUUUCCACAGAGAGAUUCUACGCAGCAGGCGAAACAGCACCACUGUUGUCAACCGCCCUAAUAUGGUCCCUUCAUCGCCCAUUCGUGUCCCCAGCACAAGGCUUCAUCAGAUCAAGCGGGAGGAAGGUGUGGAUGUGAUGAACAGAGAGACAGCCCAUGAACGGGAGGUUCAAGCAGCCAUGCAGAUGAGUCAGUCCUGGGAGGAGAGUCUGAGUCUGGUGAGAAAUGAUGAUGCUCCCAUGAGUGACAAUGACUUUGAGAAAUCUGCUUCGUCGUCCCCAAAGCGCAUCGACUUUGUGCCUGUGUCCCCAGCACCAUCCCCUACAAGAGGGAUAGGGAAGAAGCAGUGCUUCUCCCCUUCAUUGCAAAUUCUGGUGAGCAGCAAUGGCCUAUCCCCCAGCCCUAUACCUAGCCCAACGCGACGCUUCAGCCGGCGGAGCCAAAGCCCCAUUAACUGCAUCAGGCCCAGCAUCCUGGGGCCCAUCAAACGUAAAGGGGAGAUGAUGGAGAUGGAGAGCCAGCCAAAGAGGCUCUUUCAUGGGACCACCACCAUGUUGUCCUCUGAUUUGCCUACUCCCCAACAACUGACAGACUUCAACUCCUGUCUCUGUCCAGACGUGCUAGACGGCAGCCUCAGCAGCGUGGGUUCUUCCACUGGCUCGCCAGCCAAGAUGGACGGAGUCUCAGAGUGUCCUUCCUCCAGCAACUCUCCCUUCACCCCCCUCCACGACCACUCCCCAAAAUAAACAAGGGAACAUGAGUCUCUAAACAAGGGUGAAGAUGAGGCACAAAAGCCACCUUGGCUGUAUGAGUUUCCUUUAGACUCACCCUUUUCACUUUUCUUUAGUUAAUGUGGGAUUCCCUUCCCCUGCUGGUUGCUUUCGCAAGGCUGUUUGCUAGGGGAGGAGAGGAGGUGUGUGUUUGCAUUGAAAGGAAACCAAAGCCUUGGAUGUGUGCUGUGUUGAUGCACCAUGCUGUAGUAGGCCCUAGUAAGAGUAGGGGUUGAUUGUGGAUGCUAUGUACACCAGCUGCUAGAUAUAGAUCCUUUACAUGGUGCUGCUUUGCACCACAGUGGUCAGAACCACGACAUGUUUACCCUGCAUCACAUGACCAUGUCAGCCGCAGUAUUGGAUGGAAAAUUACUGCCUGGAUAUGGAGGAAGACCCCCACUAAGUUUGUUUUCUGAAAAAAUCUCCAGGCCUUUUGGUGUAUGUGCACGAAAUUGUCUGCAGACAUUGUAUGAAAGGAUUAAACUUGUUUUUCCUGCUUUACAUAAUUUUGUAAGUAUGUACAUAAUUCUCAAUUUAUUAUUAUUAUUAUUAUUAUAGGUUUGUGAUUGGCCCUGUGCCCGUAUUAACCGCACAGCUUCAACAGUGAACGGACAAUUCCCUCUAAACAGCGGAUUAGAAAUUCUGUUUCCUUACUCCUCCAGGGGUGCGAAUAUGGUCGUUCUCUACGGAUCAAGGAACUGUCAUUCUGGUUGAUGCUCUACCUUUUGUUAGCCCUUAAUCUAGUCCUUCACUGGCAUGCUGCAACUAUAGUUGCCAGUGAGUUGGGUAGUGUCACGUCCAGCCAUCAUCCCUGCAGAUUGUACUAGGGGAACAGCAUGAGAGGGGGCUGUCAGGAUUCGAACAUGGUAGACUCCGAUCUCUGAAUCUUUGCCUAGACAUUGCCAUAGACGUGCAGCCAAGUUUUCACUUCAGAACCUUUUUAUGAAAUUUCUUGUUUGUUGGAGCCAUUUUUUGUGGUAUUUUUUUUUUUUUGCCUACAUAAUUGCAUCGGUUGAUACUAAAUAUUAGAGUAGCGCACCCUGUUCUCCUUUUUACCCUGAAAUUAAAUCAAUAGAAUGGUUUAGGACAAACACACUGUAGUGCAUGGAACAAAAUCAUGCCAUUAUAUAAAAAGAAAAAAAAAGGGACAUGUGUUGUAUCCAUAUACUGUGGUCAACAUAUGGCAUAGCUUUUAGUGCAAGAUGUUUCACUGGAUGUGUUGUUUAUGAAUAAAAUGUGCAAUGAACAUUCGUAAGCAAUACCAAAGAUUGACCAGGGGAAAUGUAAAGGCAGACUUUGUUUUUCUCUGAAAAUCCAGUUGUACACUGAUUCACAAAUGUGAUUUUAGACCAUUGUAAAACAUUUGGGGGCUAGUCAUUUCAGUUAAUCCUGUUCGAAUGGUCUCUUAAAUUGAUUUCUUAGUUAUUUUUCCUGUUUUAUUUCAAGGUGUGCCAUCUUACGAAGGGAGUGUGAAACUCCACUUUGUCAUAAGUAAGCAAGAGUGAUUGUAAAUCCUUUUUAUGGAAGUAAGUCAUCAAUUUUUUUUCUGAAAUUAUUAAGUUUUGAAUACAAAAAUGGCAAGCCGGUCGUUCAGGUCUGCUUGCCCUGCUGUCAAUAUGAUUGGUGUGAUUUAUUUUGGUCCAUGUUUUAUUUUGUCCUGUUCAUUUUUCAAUGUCUGCAAUAUGUCUAAGGCAUGAGAUGGGCAGAGUAAAUCAAAGUGUUUAUGUUCGUGAUGGGAGGGUGGUAGACUAGUUAGACCAACCCUUUGCUCGUGUCCCUUGCUGGACUGAAACAUUUCCCCUGUGAUCCUUUCAUAUCAAAGACAUCUAUAUUUCCAUUCAAUGACUGGUGUUCUGCUUUGUUGUUGAUAGACUUUAAAUGUUUUUUUAUAUAUAUAUAUAUUUCUCCCCCUCUUAAUAAACCAUUGGAUUGACAAUUGG